UCCUCAUAUUAGUUCCCACGCACUCUCCUUCCUUGCGCCGUGCUGAGCUGGAAAAUGGCUGUGUGAGUGAGAGGGAGAGCAGGGAGAGUCAUGAACGGGAGAAGAAAGAAAGAGCGAGAGAAAAGAAGGCGAAGCAAUAAGUGAACAGAAAGGUUUUCAUAGUUUAUUGCACACCGAAGAAGAAGAAGCUAUCGUCCCGCAGAUAAAGCCACCAAAACGGACUCUUUGUCUGCGACUUUCAAGUGUUUAAAGCUGGACAGAAGUGAGAAGAGUCAAGAAGAUACCCUCCGCGGUCGGUCAUAAUCCUUGUCCAGAACAUGUGGGAGCCUGAGAGAACCAAAGAGGAUUAAAGACCUUCCCGCUCUGCCACUCGUUCUCCAAUCAGACCACUUCGUUUGACCGUGGAGAGCCAACGACGCAGGGCCCUCGACUGGCAAAAUCUACUAACCCGGCUGCUCCAAUAGCACCCAGCCAGCAGGUUUUCGCUGCUUGAAAGAGCAUGUUGCCAACGCUCUCCCUCUGCUCCAUCAUCUGGCUCAACCGGGGUAUCAAGCUGAGGAAAGUGCACCAGCCCACCAACACCGGUCAGGUCUGAAACCGCUGCCGCCGCAGACGUAGCCGCUGCAGAACGCUACCUUAUCGACUUUUUAAAAAUGCUUCUAAGCUUUGGGUGACUCCCCCUCCUCCCUUCAUCCCCCCGACCCCCUAAAGCCACCGUACCAACACCAGAGUUUAGUGACUCAAACCUUUCUGGUUCCUGAAGAGGAUUUCUGUAUAGCCGAACCCUGUUGUUGCAGUGGGACUCGGGCUGCACCGUCUAAUCCUCUAUUCAGUGGCCAUUUUGAUUUUUGCCUCCCUAACAAAAUGGCGACGGAAGGAUUUCAGUACCUUGCCCUUUACGCAUUUACGAAGGACCAGGAAGAGGACCUGGAUCUGCAGCCUGGGGACCUUCUGACAGUCAGCAAGGCCUCUCUGCUGUCCAUGGAGAACUACCAGGAGGGCUGCGUGGAGCAGCCCGAGCGCCUCGGCUGGCUCCUUGGCUACAACGAGCGCACCAAACAGAGAGGCGACUUCCCCGGGACGUACGUCGAGUAUGUGGGACCUGUGAGGAUGGCGCUCCCAUCGAGUCAACCCAGGUCCCAGCGACCGCUCCCUGCUGCCCCAAGACCAGAGUCGUCUCUAGCUGUUUCUGUGCUGGACCUGAGCGAGCAGUUCACACCGCCGGAGACGGCUCCCCCAGCCCUCGUCAGCCUGAUCCAAGCCAUAGAGAAGAGAGGUCUGGACUGCACGAUAUUGUACAGGUCAACUGAAUCCUCAGGUGAAGACAGCCCAAUUUACAGCCUGAGCUUUGAGAGUGAGAUGUGUCAGAAAGAUGUGGGGUAUCUGUCCGAGUGUGUCCUGAACUACCUGAGAGACCUACCGUCACCCGUCAUCCCCGCCUGUGUCUACGCUCACCUUCAAACUGCUGUCACACUGCAGCAGCAGGUCCUACAGCAGUCAGCAGAUGGUGCAGUCGCUGGAAGCCAUGACAGAGAGGUAAGCCUGGUCCUCGAGAGCUCCACCUCCGUCCCUCUCCAUCACCGUCUCACCCUGCAGUACCUCCUCACACACCUGGCCAAGGUCACCCAGGUGCAGGCCAGCAAUGGCCUGGACACACACACGCUGGGAAAGAUCUUCGGACCGCUGCUGAUACGGACAGGCCCCUCCACCCCUUGGUUGUCAGCAGAUGAGGAGUUCCCUGCCCUUGUGGUGGAGAGGCUGCUGAUAGAGAGAACCACAGAUCAAGACCUCGCUCCUCCAGUUCUUCCAGCAAAGCCAGUCAAGUCAAAAGUGGCACCAUCAGCCAUGACAGACACAAGCAGCCUGCUGAACGAUGCUGAGUGGUACUGGGGAGAAAUCUCCAGAGAGGAGGUGAACGAGAAGCUGCGAGACACUCCAGAUGGCACCUUCCUGGUCCGAGAUGCCUCUAGUAAACUGGAGGGCGAGUACACUCUCACCCUCAGGAAAGGGGGGAACAACAAGCUUAUAAAGAUUUACCACCGAGACGAGAGGUAUGGCUUCUCUGAGCCUCUUACCUUCGUGUCUGUAGUGGAGCUCAUCAAUCACUACCGCCAUGAGUCCCUGGCCCAAUACAACGCCAAACUGGACACCAAGCUUCUGUACCCCAUCUCCAAAUACCAACAGUUGGUGAAGGAGAACAGUAUAGAGGAGGUGGGAGAGCAGCUGAAGGUCUAUCACGAGCAGUACCAGGAGAAGAGCCGCGAGUACGACUCUCUGUACGAGGAAUACACACGCACCUCACAGGAGCUGCAGAUGAAGCGCACAGCCAUCGAGGCCUUCAAUGAGACCAUCAAGAUCUUUGAGGAGCAGUGUGAGACUCAGGAGCGCUACAGCAAGGAGUCUUUGGAGCGAUUCCAACGCGAGGGCAACGAAAAAGAGAUCCAAAAGAUACAGAGCAACUCGGAGCGUUUGAAGUCUCGUGUGAAGGAGAUCCACGACAGCAAGCGUAAGCUGGAGCAGGACCUGAGAGAGCAGGUCUCCGAUAACAGAGAGAUCGACAAGAAGAUGAACAGCCUCAAGCCGGAUCUCAUGCAGCUCCGCAAAAUCAGAGACCAGUACUUAAUAUGGCUGACACAGAAGGGGACAAGGCAGAAGAAGAUCAAUGAAUGGCUGGGCAUAAAGAAUGAUGCUGAUGACUCCUACUCACUGGAGGAGGAUGAGGGUUCACCCCACCAUGAUGAGUGCACCUGGUAUGUGGGUGACAUCAAACGCACUCAGGCUGAGGAGAUGCUGAGAGGCAAAAGUGACGGGACCUUCCUCAUCCGGGAGAGCCAAUCACAGAAGGGCUCCUACGCCUGUUCUGUAGUUGUGGAGGGCGACACUAAGCACUGCGUCAUCUACAAGACGGCCACAGGCUAUGGAUUCGCUGAGCCCUACAACCUGUACUCGUCCCUCAAAGACCUGGUGCUCCACUACAAAAAUGUCUCCUUGGUCCAACACAACGACCAGCUGAAUGUAAAUCUAGCCUACCCAGUCCUGGCCCGCUCUCAGAACCAGAACCAGCACCCCAGAUGAAUUUUCCACCAGCAGCGUAGGACGCCAACCAGGGUGGGGAGACUAAAAUUUCACUCAUAUGCAUUGGGAAUAAAAUAAUUCUCUGAACAGCGCUUGUUCUUGUUUAAGUGGCGAAGAGAAAUAGACUCAACCGCCAUGAUUUAAAAAAUCAUACGUUUUUUGGCCAGAGGUUGGUGCUAAUUUUCCCACACCAGCCCCAGUCCAGCAAAGAGCACUCCUUGCUAACAGCAUGGCUUCAACAUAAGCACACUACUACCAGUAUAGAAGCACUGUACAGUUAGCCUGGCUGACGCAGUGAGUUUUAACUUGAGGAGAGUGUCGCAUUAGCCAGCCUCGACUGUACAGUGUCAGUUAUGGAAAAAACAAAGUGUGAGAUAUACACGAGAAAAAUACCUUUGAUACAGAGAAAAAAAACAAGACUAUAAAUGUGUUCAAAGAAGAUAAAAUAAGCACACAAAAUGUUGUUUUCAAGAUCGUGGAGAAGAGGAGAGAAACCAGACGGUUGGAUGAAUUUUUUUUUUGUUGCCUUGAACACGUGAUAACUGUCCAUAGACAAAGGCCCGAUCUGUCAUCCCCAGACUGCCUGCAAACUCUCCGUAGACAAAAGCCUGAUCUGUCAUCCACUGAAAGGACUGGCUUGGCUAAACCAGGCUGCUCGCUUCACACCUAAAGGCGGCUGAAAAAAACCCGUGGACCAGGGGGGUGUAGUCACUGGAGCCGAUGGGGGGGGUGUGGGAGGGAAAGGGAGAGAGAUUGCUGGGGUUGAUGUUUGAAAAAAGAUUGAUUCAAUUUAAAGCUUGCUUAAGUGCCAUAGUAAUAGCUUUGAAUGACCACAAGCCUGUGUCACUAGAACAAGGGGGCACGUCGAGGUUGAAAGAAGGAAGGAGGGAAUGAACGGCUGUCGACAUAGACGAAGCUACAGCUUUAAAAAAUACACACAUAUAGGUAUAUUUUUUAUGAAAUGAUCUUUAUUUCCAACUGCUUUGGCUUGUUGCUCUCUCUCAGUGGGCCUCCUUUUGAAUUGACGAGGUACAACCUACAGUAAAUACUGUACUACAGGAUAGAAAUGCAUGGUACAUAUUUGGUAUAUUGUGAAUAUAUUUUAAUCACAAUACACUAGAUAGAGAGGUACAUUGAUUAAUGCAGUUCCACAUGAUUCAGGUUUCCUUUUAAAUGGAAAUUGUGGAAUGGCUCCAGCAUCAAACGUCUCUUUGUUUCAAACUUCUUCCUUCUUUUUUCAUCCUCUUUGAUACUGUAGCACCUGUAGCCAUCGACUUAAGGCAUAACUGUUAGUGCUCCUUUUACGUGUCUUUGUUUCUAUACGCUUGAGACACUUGCAGAGCAUCAAUCUAUGUGAUUAUUGUAUCUUCGGUACUGUAUUUGCCUUCACUCUAGUUAGAUUAGACUGUUUUAGCGGUACUAUGUCCUUGCAGAUGUUUAUUGUCGGGUUUUUUUAUGCAGAUUUACUCACGGUACUUCCUUCUCCCCCGCGUCGCGCUUGACUGUUCAUUUCAUCACAAGCUUGACUCACAGAGCUGUAGAACAUUUGAUGUACAAAAAAAAGCAGUAAUAUAACUCAUGUACAGUAUAUUUCAGACACACAUGCAGUCAGUGUAUGUGACUUUAACACAGUUUCAUCGCUGUGUUUCUUUUUUGUUUUCAGAAUAUUUGCUAUGCUCUUAGAUUUCUGUUUUAAGGAUGCACAGUAUCCAGCUAUAAUGUGAGCCAAAUGAAGGAUGUCUUUUCAUGUAGCAAGAAAGAAAAAAAGAACCAGUCCUUUUGCCGUUCAGCAUGGCCUCUGUGGUCUGAGAGAUUAUCUAGUACAGUAUGCAUGGAGUCCUUCAUUUGGGUUGUUGUUGUUUCUCUUUUUCCACUUGGCACCAGUAGUUGAUAGUUGUACUUUUCGUAGUGCAAAUACAGUAGGAUGUGUGGUAGUACUAUGCACAACAGAGUCAUAUGUGGAUAAUAGGGUUUAGAUUUACAGAGUUCCCUCCCUCUGUUUUGUGCUGUGGCGGCGAAUUUCUCCCAUUUUUCCCCUCAUGUUCAUUCGGCUUGAGGUAAAGAUUGUACCAUCGUCGUUCUACGUCACUUUCAAAGCACAGUUUGUUUGUUGUAGAGGCAGCAGGGUUAUUCCGGUAUUGUUGUAUGGUCGUUGAAAAUGAAAAGAGGCGUCGCAUGAUGCCGCUUUUAGAUUUGAUUUACAUAGUUGAUUUCUUGAGAAUGAAUGAAUAUGAAUAAUCUCUCACAUUUCUUACAUGUAGAAGAUUGCCAAAAAGAGAAAAAAAAAAAAGUAUUUUUGUAGAAAGAUAUAGAAGAGUCAAACGUUGUUGGCAAUAGAAAGAUUUAGAGAAAAAAAAAAGUGCGUUGUUUUUUAAAGGUUGCACAUUUGGCAUUUUGGGAUUUUUGUUGAGGGGGGAUAGAAACUGAAGUGAGAUAUUCACCUACUCUUCUGGUCAUGAAAGUCAAUUAUGUACGUUUCAUUUGAAGACUUCCAACAAACACAAUGCUCUUUCGGCGUGGUAUCGUUUCUGUUUUUUGAAAUGUUGAAUUUCAGGUAGCAACAUUUUUUCCAAACAGACCAAUCACACUUUCAAAUGAAGCCUAACUCGACCUGAAAAGUUUGACGUCAUUUUGAUUUCAGGACGAAUCAGUUGUACUGUACUUUGCACAGUUCUUGGCAAGUAGAAAAUCCCAAGAAUUAAACUAGAGGUGAGGUCUGAUUAGAGGGCUAUAAACACGUGAGUGAGAAAGAUUAGAAGUGCCUUUUAGUCAUUGUGAUGAGCUCGUCUUCUCCUCGUUGUCAUUGGAGCGUCGCUCCACAAGAUGGUGCCGCCACCACCACCACCACCAUAUGCUGUGCCCCGUGGUUCACACAUUUGCCAUUUAUCAAAGACUAUCUGGCUAGUAGUGUGAGAUUGUGUGUGUGUGUGUGUGUGUGUGUGUGUGUGUGUGUGUGUGUGUGUGUGUGUGUGUGUGUGUGUGUUAGAGCGAAUCUGAGCAUGUUAUAGAUUUUAGUUGUGCCUCUUUGUUGUUACAUCUCUAGUUGUUACAUAUUCCUUCUCUCUAUGGUGGGGGCUGUACAGUAGCUUGGUGCUCUCUCUCACUGUGCACCAAAGCUAGAUUUCUUUGGUGUGUUUUUUUUUUUUUUUUUUGUCUCUGGUAUAUUUUUUGAGAAAUCUCAGAUAAAGAUAGAAAUGUGAACCGUACACAUCCGUGGCCCAGCCCAGUUGUUUGAAGCUCAUUUGAUAAGCUCUCAAGUUAUAAUGCAUGCAGCAUUUCUCAGUGUUUUAUAUUAAGAGUCAGUUCCUCUGCGAACAGGCAAUCUGGUUGAGUCAUCCGCCACUGUUGACGCAUCUAUUAUCCAGUUUGUUGGACCAACACUUUUGUGACUGCACUUUUUUUUCCUGUUCCACACACUCAAGACUAGUGUGUCUAACGCCCAACAACCAUAAACUCACAGACAGUGGUGAAGCUCAGUUGUCAAUAGUGUUUUUAGUUGAUAGUUUAAAGGUCUUUCCAUACAGUAUAUACUGGAGUGAUCAACAGUUUUCUUUAUGAUAUACAGUGUACAGUAUAUGCUUUUGUUGUUUUUGCAGUCAACAGCUGUCAUGUAAUUCUGAUGCUUUUUGACUGAUUGCAAUGUUUUCAUUAGAGAGGUAGUUUUACUAUAUGGACUGUAUAAACUCUGUAAUACUUUUACAAAACCAACUUUAAGGAGAGCUGCUGGCUCGUUAUGCAAUUUGUGUCCACACAGCAAAAAUUGUCCAACUUAACAAGACGAAUAACAUUCUUUCUUUUCCUAAAAGGUCAGUUCACCCAAAUUACAGAAAGUUUUUCACUUACUACCAGUGAUAUCUAAACAUGCAGAUAGAUUUUGAGAUAUCAAUCUUUAUAAUUUUCCUCGGAACUACUUUCUACUAGGGCUGGGCGAUAUGGAGAAAAAUCAAUAUAACUAUCACAAUAUCUUUAACCAAAUACCUCAAAAUAGAUAUUGCAACAAUAUUGUAGGGUUGACUAUUGGUGCUUUUGAAAAAUAUUUCUUAGAUUUUUGAUAAAUAAUAAUCAGUAAUGCGCAGGGCAGGAAUUUCACGGAGGCCAUGAGGGCCCCUUCGGUUUGGCCUUCUGCCCCUCAAAAUGAUAUAUAUAUAUAUGCCCUGCGGCCACAGUGGCCUUUCAAGUGGGAGAAGAAAUGCGAGCGUUCUCCUACUGCUAAAAGGUGCUGUAUCUGAAUAUACUGUAGAUACGAUAUAAUCAUGAGGAUGAAUGUAUUUUUUACAACUAAAACGCAACAAUAAACCUUUGAUCCAUGUCGUUCAUAACUGGACUUUUAACGGUCUUGACUUUGUCUGUUGGCUACAGCACAACAAAGUAGGAUAUAAUAACAAUAAACAUAAUUAAAACAGACAAAAAAGAAACAAUUUAACUACGUAUACUCCUAGCCUACAUAAGCACAAAUAUAUAAAGGAAAAAAGGAACAAAAUUUGCAAGGCAACAAAAUCAGCCAGGCCAAUAAUAAAAAUAAUCAUUAACCCUUAAGUUAAAUUUAUUAUUCCCAUGGACUUAAAAUCAUUGUUUUAUUUGCUGCCCUAGCAUUUUUGCCCUCAAAAAAUUGUCAACACCAAAAGGCCAAGUGGCUUUGCCCAUAAAAUAAUGAAAUUCCAGGCCUGAUAAUGCGCUUAUAAUAACCCUGUGAGUAAAGGCAAAUAAUAGAACAGCUUAGAAGUUUAGAAAAUGACAUCUCUUUACUGUAAUGCAGCCUUUAAAACCAGGAAAAAAACAACACUACUGCCAUAUUACGAUAUACAAAAUCUAAAAUGAUAUCUGCUCUCAUAUCACGAUAUUGAUAUGAUGUUGAUAUAUUGCCCAGCCCUACUUUCUGCUGAAGAAAUAGUCCCUAUGAAGACUGUUCACAGUGACGUCUGUGGAUUAUCCAAAGUAACCAAAACAUUGUUUCUUGAAAGACUUAUCGCUGUUGAGUAUGAAAAGUGAAAGUGAAUGCAUGUCUAGAUACUGCUAUGUAAGUGAAAACUCUGUCGGGAUGAUGGUGAACCAACCAUGUAUAAACACGUCUGGGAAAAUCGUGCCAUUGUGUCGCAGUUUAUCCCAAAACAAGGUUUCAAAGAAGAUCAUGAACCAGCUGGUUCUGCUUCUAUUAAGCAAUUUGCCUAAAGAAAAAUAGAAACGUAGAGGUGAACGGCUUCCUGCGUCACUUGUUAAGAUGAACAUUUUUACAGUGCAGGUAAACACUUCUCAUCUGCCAUAUAUGCCAUGUUAAUCACAGAUGUUUAAUAGCUAGAAGCAAUGCAACUUUCGUAGCAAUGAAAACCUGGUCAGGCAGUGAGAUGGACAGGAGGUGAAGACUUUAUUGACUUGGAGUUGAGACUUUAAGCCUACUGUUGGUAGACUCUGAAACUCAAAGCUUUCAUCCUGCUCGUCUAGUAGAUAUGCAUUUGUGUCGGAGCUUCUUGAAAAACAUUUUUCUACACGACAAAAUGAUCAUUCAAGGAAUUAAAUAUUUUUUCAUCGGCUUUGGUACACUGUAAAUGAUAUUUCUUGAAAUGGCCUCACACACAAAGCACAUCUUUCACUGACUUACAAAGAAACACAAUAUAUUUGGUGUCUAAUAAGGUUUGAAGAAUGAGAGACAUACUAGAGAAUAAAUAUUUUGAAAUAUAUAUACUUAGAUAUCUAUAUUUUUGGAUGAUGUAAUUCUGAUUUGGAUUGUGCUUGAAACCAAUCAGAAAAGAGGCUUUGAUGUGAACGUGAUCUUCAGACUUGCUCCGCGGCUGCUUUGUACUCGAGCAGUUAUCGCAAGCAUUUUUACUAAUCGGCUGCAGUGAGCUUCAUCAUGAUCGGCAACACACUUCACAGUUGAUCGACAUACGUGUAAUCUAUUAAAGCAUGAUUAUCAGGUGCGUUCAGAGGAAGAAGCAAAGCUCAUGUACAUGUGUUAAUAUUUACAGAGCUCAGUUUAUAUGUUAAACGCAGUCUUGGCUGCUUUGCAUUUUAUUAAAUAUUAGAGAGGAGUUUUUUGUUUUUGUUUUCUUGAACGUGAGAAUCUGUUUUGUCAUUUGGAAGAUUCUGUUUUUUGUGAAUAGACGGAGUGUUAAAGUUGCACCACAGAAGAUACACUUACAGCAGGAUGCUGCCACAGAGAUCCACCACCGAUCUUUACUGCCGUAUCGUCCUUUUGGUGGAUCUCUGUGGACGCCGACGGUAAAAGUAAAAGCUGACAGAGUAAAAAGGUACAUGAUUGAACGGUUCGUGAUCACUCCUUUAACGCAGAUCUUUGUACAUGGAACAAUGAUGGCAUUAGAAAGUGUUCUUUUAUGGUGCCUGAGUAUAUUUUUUUUUUAUUUGGCUUUUUAAAAAAGCUAAUAGAUUUUGUCUGUCCAAGUGUUUUUUUUUUUGUUUGUUCAUUUGUUUGUUUGUUUGUUUGUUUAUAUCUGUUAAUGAUAACCUUACAGAGCCUAUAAAGAAAAAAAUAAGCUAGCUUGAAUUUUUUUCCUCCGUACAGAAAAAAAAAAAAGAAAAUACAAAAUGUUUACAAUAUGUAAUUAACCAAAUAGUAAAUAUGCGUUUGAGAAUCAAUCUGUCUGUCCCUCAAAGUGGCUGUGAUAGAUUGAUUUAUAUUUCUUUAUUUCCUCUGUCGUUUUAAACUUGAAAAUGUUAUGACUGCUUGUUCUGUUUUCUGUUUUGGUUCGUUACUCUUUUUUUUUUUUUUUUGACUUAUGAGAACAGUGCUCCCUCAAUUUCAAAAAUAAUAACUCAACAAGAUUCAUGUUUUCAUUAGUUAUUCAUCAGUCUUUGUCAUUCUUUACCUGCUGACUACUUCACCUUACACUGAGCCUUGUAUACGCAGGACUGAAUCCUAACUUGAGACGCUGUUUAUAAUAUGUACGGUAGACUACAGCAUGACUCUGCCAGGUGUUUCUCUGGUAAGGACUCAGUUCAAAGAUUUCCUAUGGGGGUGACACCCACAUGUUGUGAAUAACAGUAAAAACACGCCACUUGGUGAACAUGCUUGAGUACAGUUUUAGUUCAUAAACAGUUGGAAAUUCAGGAAUAACUAUCAAGAGGCAUCCUAUUCUUGAUUUUGCACUACAAAACAAAUGAUACUCAAAUGAAAAAAUGGUUGGUUAACUCAUUUUUAAGACCAAAAUUUACCCACUAUAGUCUCAGCUUGUGUGAUUUUUUUUUUUUUUUUUUUUUUUUUUUUUAAUUUAAAAUAUGAUGACGUUAACAGCUGCACUUUCAUUUCCCUUUUUCUGUCUGUAUCCAAUCUUGUCACAUCAUCACUUUGACAUGAAAAGUUGCCAUUCUGUUUGAUUAUUCUGAUGUGAAUGUUACUUUUCACUGGUGUACAGUAGUUCAUAUUCAAGACCCAACUCUGAACGUUGGAGACUAGAUUGAUUCAUCUGGCGACGGCCUGGGCAACAAUUUAAAUCCACAUUUUUACACCCAAUACCAAGGCAACGCCUCGUCUGCUUUGCUCUUACCAUGUUGCCCAACAAGUUGCCUCAUGCAUCACUGCCUCAACAACAGCUCUUAAUGCGUAGUUAACAAUGAUGUGGUCUUCUCUUUCUUUAAAAAAACAAUGAAUGGGGCAGUCAGAUAAAGCUACUCUACACCAAAGUGCAAUUGAACUCAGAGGGAGCACUGUUGUCUCAGCCAGUAGAGGCCUAUUGGUUGAGGUGUGCCCGACCCCCUAUGCACGAAAAGAUGGUUGUUAUUCUUCUACUCUUCUUCUCUUGUGUUAUCCUCCCUCCGUUGGUCUGUCUUAAUUCAGAUGCGACAUCUCUUUCUUUCUUCUCUCGUGUACAGCUUGCUUCAGAGUUGUUGUUUGUCCUCAGACAGGUACUCUUUCAUCUGUACGGUUCUUUCUUUAGGCUGAUGCAAUGAUUUUAAAAGACAAUAAAAGAUAUAUAAAAUGA